UGGCCGUUAAGUCCUUACAGCAUCAGGUUCUGCGUUUGGCUGUAUCAGUUAGACAUUCAGGAAGUCCCUGAGGGUAGCUUGUGCAGUAACAGGUGGAAAGAAAAUGUAGACACUCGACCGACGCAUAUGCAUUAUUUUUCUGUUGUUUUAUAUCUGCGUGGGAACAACAUUUAUAAACUUCAUAAAGUACUUUAUGCUAGCUAGCUAGCGAAGCUAACACCGACGUCUCAACGUUAACUCCUGUCAACUUUACAUAAUCUGCUCCCUGACAGUUUAUCGAAAUGGAGGAGUGCCGUUGUGCGCCUGGCUCGCCUCGAUGAAUAUUUUACACACGGAGGUGUCGGAUUUACUCAGCUGACUAAACUUUAUUGAAGGCUCCUUUUGGGUUGUUGUUUUUUUCCACUGGCAACAGCCAACUGCUGAGGGCGGACAUAAACAAUGUUUUCUGUCAAACCCAUGAAACCAACCUUCAAGAGUUAUCUUCCUCCUGUUCAGACUGAUGUGAAGAAAACCUUUGAACCACCUAUUAAAAAGCUGGAGCCAAAGUUACUUCAAGGGGAGAUUGUAGUUAAUGAGGUGAACUUUGUGAGGAAAUGCAUCAGCGCUGAGAGCAGCCAGGACGACCUUUGGGGGAAGUUGAUCUGCACCAACUUCAAGGUCUCCUUCAUCCCUCAAGAUGCCUCUUCCAAACAGAAGUCCCAGCUGUCCCACCUCCUGCUCGGAGAUCACGACAUACCCCUCACCUGUCUGGAGCAAGUAGUAACAGUUAAUGAUACAAAAGGGAAGAAGAAAGUGUUGGGGUCAAACCAGAAGCUGAAGUUUAACCCGACGGAGCUCAUCCUCUACUGCAAAGACCUGCGGAUCAUAAGGUUCUGCUUUGGCGAGGCUGGGCCUGAGGGGGCCAAAAAGGUUUGCCUUGCUAUUGCCCACUAUUCCCACCCAGCUGAUCUUCAACUGCUGUUUGGUUUUGAGUACCAAGGGCGGCGCUAUCAUGAAUCUAAAGGGGAGCGAGUCAAUGGUUCCACCCCACGAGAAGGAUUACGGACCCCCAUAUUUGACCGCCCGUCGGACCUGGAUCGGGAGAUCAAGAGAACAGGAGCAUCAGAGUGGAGAGUGUGCUCCGUCAACGAGGGCUUUGCCAUCUCACAAAGUCUCCCAGAGUACAUUGUGGUCCCGGUCUCUCUGGCAGACGAGGAUCUAAAGAAGUAUUCCGUAUUCUUCACUGACCAGCGCAUCCCUCUCUGGUGCUGGAAUCAUCCAAAUGGAAGUGCUCUGGUCCGCAUGGCCGUCAUAAGUGAUCCAUUGCAGCAGAGGAGGAUCGAUCAGAAGGUCUUCACUGCCAUCACAAAAAGCCACCCACAGCGCAGUGAAGUCCUCAGGUCAGAUCUGGACAAGUGUCUGCCCAACAUCCAGGACAUCCAGAGUGGUUUUGUUAAAGUCAGGCAGAUCUGCGUCAUAGAUCAUUUUGAGGAGUCAGACGAGAGGUGGUUCUCAUCUAUUGAAAACUCAAGAUGGCUGGAGUAUGUGAGGGCUUUCCUGAAGCACUCAGCAGAGAUAGUGUACCAGCUGGAUGGAAAGAAUGCUUCAGUCAUUCUUCAAGAGGAGGAGGACAGAGACCUGAACUGUGUGGUGUCCUCACUGGUGCAGCUCAUGUUGGACCCUCACUAUCGCAGCCUCGUUGGCUUUCAGAGUUUGGUGCAGAAGGAGUGGGUGAUGGCUGGCCAUCGCUUCUUGGACAGAUGCACCACUUUAAAGAAGAAUGACAAAGAGGAGUCCCCGCUGUUCUUGCUGUUCCUGGACUGCGUGUCGCAGAUGAUGAGCCAGUACCCGGCAGCGUUCGAGUUCACAGAAUCCUAUCUGACUGUCCUGAGUGACAGCAUGUGGAUCCCACUCUUCAGUACUUUCCUCUUCAACUCUUCCAAACAGCAAGCUAAGCACUUGAUGGACUUUGCCAAGAAUAAAGCCAUCCCUCACGGAGAAGACCAGGUUGUCUACUUCCCUCCGGUUUGGGACUGGUCGCAGCAGUUCUCCCCCAAAGACCAAACCCUCUUCAACAACCCCAUGUAUGUCGGCAAAGGAGCGGCCUGCGUUCAGAAUGGAGAAGUGAAGACCUUCAGACGCACAAAGAAGGCGUACAGCCACACGCUGCGAGGGAUGCCUGCGUCUCUGCGCAAUGGGACGAAGGUCGGGGAGGACACGUUGACCCGGCGUGGCUCCCUGUUGUCGGAGCUGAGGUCUGAUUUUUCCCCCGUUAAAGACGAAAGCCCGUCAGAGCGCUUCUUCAGAGACUGGUUCUCUCGCCCCGCGGACCAGCAGGGCCUCCUCAUCCCGCUGCUCGUGCCCUCGCACCUCGCUCUCUGGAAGCUCUACUUCCUGCGCUGGGUUCCUGAAGCCUGCAUCCCCAAAGGAGGCCCCAUCACCGCUUACCGCAAGCUCUCCCAACUGGUCGACGAAAUUGAGAUUCUGCAGAACCGGCUCAGGCAGUAUAAAGGACGUGGUCCCGGCAACGGGCCACUCCCCAGCCCAAGUGGGCCCCUCUCAGACCAAAGGAGGAUGUAUUUUAAGGCCAGUUCCCCACAUGACCCCCCUUCACCUUCUGACGUCCUUACCUCCUCCUUCCCCUUCUCUCCAACGGGUAACCUGUGUCGCGGCGGUAGCCAUGGGACCCCCAUUAGCAAAUUCCUGAACGGGGCGAGGAUUUGGCUCUCUACGGAGACUCUGAACGACACUGUCUGAAGAGGGGGGGGGGGGGGGGGGGGGGGGGCUUAUAGGCUCGCUUUUCUGAGCUCAGUACAGGUUUGUGUAACAAUAAACCUUCUUAUUUUCUUUUUCCUCUUUCUUUAAUACCAAGAAGGAAAAUGGAAAAAAUAAACUUUGAGUUCCUUUCUAACCUGAAGCGCCCUCUAUAGGACUGAACCCUUAAUUACCAUUACAGCAGAGGAAAUGAGAUGAUCUAAAGCACAUCCUCCUUAUUGGCCAAGGAGUUGUUGUUGUGAGGUCUCCUGACUGCGAAAGAUUGUAAUACAAAUUGUUUUAAUAUAAUUAUUUUUUGGAUCUACUUGCGGUCUUUCUCGAGAUUAGUUGGAUGACUGCUUUUUUCUGUUGAGCAUCCUGUAGGACCCGAAUAAAGAGCGCUUUUGGAGAUGUUUAUAUUGAGUUGAGAGCCUUUACCUUUUGACACAUUUGCAUUGCUCAAUACGACAUCCCCACUGUUAUGGAAAUGAGAAAUGUUAUCCACAUAUAAAUGCUUUGAAUUAGAAAAUGCCCGUUUUCUUACUGCAGCAUUAAUGAUGCAUUUCACUGAACACUGAUUUCCAACUAAUCCUUUUGUUUGUACCUUCCAGGAAAAGUAAUUGACAAUAUAAUAACUAACGUAGUUUUUAUUUUAGAAAGAGGAACAGAAAAGAACACUGCUUCUACAUAUUCUUAUAUGUGUUAAAACAAAGAGGAUCUGUCAUGGCUGAAUGUAAUGGGGCGUUUUUCGUUUUUUCUUUGCAUAAGCUUAAUGCCAUUUGCUCCAAGUGCCCAUACAACUAUGGUUAUAUUGAAAGUCUCACUCUGUGCAGAUAAUAGUGUGAUUUCAGGGUUUGGCUUUGUAGAUUUACGCUAUUUUUGAAGCAGAGAAAAGGGCCUAUACUUUCAGUAUCAUAAAGCAGGUGAUAUUCAGAGGGCAACGUGGAGAUGUGAGGACUUCAAUCUGUGGUAGAUAUUUCCUCUUCUCUUUCUGAAGGGGUUCUAUUCAACUUUUAUACAGGCCUUCUGGUAAGGCUCUAAUUAUAAGAAGAAUAAACUGUUCAUAACAACAGUACCUGCAUGGGUAAAUAUUUUAAGCAAAAGGACAGACAAGGGCUUUGAUUCAAACCAGUCUCUAGUUUAGAUGGCACUGAUCCAAUUAACCAGACAGUAAUGGGUUGAUGACGAGUGACAAGAACAUAUCAGCAUUAAGCACCUGGAUAGCAAUGUGUGAUAUUUUGUCCACAAUGACUUCAGUUCACACAGGUUGUUAAAGGAAGGCCUGAUACAAAGGGAAAGGCUUAACAUACUGUAUGUAGCUUUAACAAUAGUCACUUUGAAUAACAUGUGUUCUUGUUUUUUUGCCAGAUAAUGCUUCUCUGGUUAUAGGAAUAAUGUAAUAAAGUACAAGUAGUGAUUAUGUACUUUCAGUCAGGGUAGUGAUGGCAAGGUUAGUGAGUUAAGAUGUUUAAAUUAGGAAAUCAGAGACAUUUUCGAGCAAGAUAAAGUUCAAGUGCUCUGCAAAGACUUUAAUUUGGAGAUCCUUUCAAAGUGUCUGCUGAACUAGAGAGGGGUUUGAGAUGUGUCAGGGGAAAUGGAUCAGUCAUCCAGAUCCCAUUUAAACUAGGGAGGAAUUAGCACUGUCAUGUCAUUUCUUAAAAUAACAGUACAGCAUUUAAUAUAUACAUUAAUACCACUGGACAGUCUCAACAUCUGUCCUCCAACACAGGAGCGUCCACCCUUAGACGCUAGAUUGACCAGUUUCCAAUAAUAUUCAGCUAAAUGCGUUUCUAUAGCAAUAACUAACUAGUUCAGGUGUUUGUUUUUUUAUAAAGAAGUGUUUAUAGAAGUCAACCUGCUCUCCCAAAUGCUAUUAAUUGCACAUUUAACUCAAGAUAUAGGAUAGUUUAUUUGAAAAUGGUUGUUGAAUAUUAUUUUUGCAGAUAUUAUAAAUACUGUAUAUGGUUGAAAUCUCCCUAUUAAUAUCUUUGAUUAAUGGUACUAGAUUACUUUUAUCUUAGAUUCAGUCUUUUUGUUUUCUGGAGAGAUAUUGAUAUGCUAUGUUCUUCCACCACUUCACCAUGUUGCACUCUGCUGUAAUUGCAUGAUGACUGUGCUCCCACAGUUUGAUAUUGAAGAGCAGCAGAUGUAUUCAGAUAUGCAGAUGUUCUCUAAGAGGGAUGCAAGGGCUACUGUACAUCCCCCUGUGCCUUGUUGGGAAGAUUGACAAUUUUUGUAACUAAAUUCUAAAUAUAUUGACUUAUUUUAGUUUUUCUAAAACUGUUGAGUUAUCAAUUCUGUAAAUCUAUAGUAAAUUCACUGGUAAUGCACUGAAGCUGUUUUCCCUGACCAAGAAUAGGGCUUGAAUGUGUACCAGUAACCAAUCAUUACAAUAUUUUUCAAAUGAA